AUGUCUCAAGCACCCUACGGCACUUGGUCCUCCCCGAUCACUGCAGAUGUCCUGGUUCAAUCCAGCAUAACCCUCGCAGAUAUUAUCGUUGACCCCGUCACUCGCGAUAUCUAUCACAUAGAGAAACGUCCAUCUGAGGGUGGACGCGCAGUGAUUGUCGAUAGUAAGAGGGGGAAGGACGUCUUCGGGUCUGGAUGGAAUGCCAAGACACGCGUCCAGGAGUAUGGAGGAGGUGCUGCCUGUGUGUAUGGUGGCGUUGUGUUCUUCUCGCACUCGGAUGGGAGAGUAUACAGCUUGACCCCUGGGAACGAACCAAAGGCAGUCACGCCUGACUCGGUACCUUUUUGGCGAUUCGCGAAUCUCUCCGUCCAUCCUAUACACCGCCAUCUUCUUGUUUCCAUCCUUGAAGACCACACAAACGACACCCCAUCCACCGUCGAGACUUCCCUCGCUCUCAUCAACACGUCUACUCAGUCGGUCACCAUUAUUGCCAAAGGAUCCGACUUUUAUGCCUCACCAGAAUUUUCCCCUGACGGCGCCCAUCUCGCAUACCAAACUUGGAACCAUCCUCACAUGCCUUGGCAGAAGUCUGAAGUCCACGUUGCUGAAGUGGCCCAGGAUACCCACAACCAGACUCUGUCACUGAACGAGAAAAAGAGACUGGCCUGGGACGACAGGGCCGUUAGCGUGGCGUAUCCGAAGUGGCUGGACAAGGACACGCUCUUCUUCCUCAAUGACGAGUCGGGAUUCCAGAACCCUUGGACAUAUUCAGUCUCUUCAGACAGAUCAGCUCCUCUCCUCGCCGCUCCUUUGAACCAGGACUUCUGUUCUCCCGCUUGGGAGCUCGGUUCUUCACCGUACGACUUCCUAGGGGCAUCAGGCAAGCGAGAUGUUGUCCUUUUCUCGGCGAUUAAAGACGGGAGACAUGUUCUAUAUCGUUUCGGACUGGCUAGCAAGGAGCUUGUGCCGGUAGAGAACGGUCUCGUCACGAUCACUACGGUACACGCGAUUGACGAGAGGACAUUCACUGUGAUCGGCGAAUCAUCCACUACACCAUCUGCUGUGGUCCUCUUCACCGUUGAAGCUUCCGCAUCGUCAUCGUCUACCACUACGGAGAAGAUAGUACUCAAAUCAUCCAUGGCUUCGUUGGAUUUCCCUGAAGGCAUCAUCUCAGCAGCUCAGCCGAUGACUCUCGGUGACGAGAAGAAUCCGCUGCACGCUGUCUUUUACCCUCCACGAAACCCGAAGUACACAGGUAGCAACUUAUCGGAGAAACCUCCGUGUAUUGUCCAGCCUCACGGUGGCCCUACACAUAUGUCAGGGCAAGGGCUCAACUGGAUGAUACAGUACUUUACUAGCCGAGGUUGGGCGUGGGUAGACGUCAAUUUCGGAGGCUCCUCUGGCUACGGCAGACAAUAUAUGGAUCGCCUCAACACCUUCUGGGGAAUAACUGACGUGUCCGACUGCGUCCUUGUCGCUUCUUCCCUCUCCUCACCCCCACAUUCGCUAAUCGAUCCCAAUCGCACCGCCAUCCGCGGCCGCUCCUCCGGCGGCUACACGGUCCUGCAAGCCCUAUGCACUCAUCCGGACGCAUUCAAAGCAGGGUGCUCGAAUUUCGGGAUAAGCGAUCUAGUGAAGUUGACGGAGGACACGCAUAAGUUUGAGAGUAAGUAUAUGGAGGGGUUAUUGGGUGGGACAUAUGAGGAGAAGAAACAGGUUUAUGAGGAGAGGAGUCCGGUAAAUUCAGCAGAGAGUAUCAGGGCGCCUUUGCUUAUCUUGCAAGGCACGGAAGAUAGAGUUGUACCUCCAGAGCAAGCGGAUAUCAUUGUGAACAAGAUACGAAAGCAAGGAGGUAAGGUAGAGAAGAUACUCUUCGAGGGUGAGGGCCAUGGUUGGACCAGGGCAGACUCGAUCAAGAGGGCGUUGGAGGCCGAGAGAGAGUUCUAUGAGGAGGUUUUCGUCAUUAAGGCUGGAGUGUUAGCAGAAACGAGAUUGUAA